ACCUUCUCCAUUACAGGUUAUGUCUCCUCUCUGCUGAGCCCCAGUGAACAGAAGCAGGAUCAUGGCGGGGAGACCUCUUAAGAAGUCUUCUAUCCUGGGAGUCACCAUCAAACAGCUGGUGGACGAGAUUCCAGAGGGAUGCAGUACUCCGGAUUUUGAGCAGAAGCCCAUCACCCUGGCUCUGCAGGAAGGGCGGAACGCCAUCUUCCGGGCCGUGGUCUGCGGGGAGCCUGAACCUGAGGUCAGAUGGUACCGCACCAAGGGGGAUCUAAGCAAUCCCAGCAAGUACCAGUUCUCCUCCAGCCCUGGCAGCAAGGAACACAUCCUGCAGGUCAACAAGCUGACUGGAGAGGACACGGACAUGUAUCGUUGCUUAGUGGUCAACAAGUACGGGGAAGCCGUGUGCACCGCCGGACUCAAGGUCAUCGAAGUUGGCUUCAGGAAGAAUCGGAAGAAGCCUGAUAAGCUGCCCCAGGAGGACUACAGGAAGGAGCUGCUGGACUUCCGGAAGCUGUUGAAAAAGCGAGCCCCAGUCCCCAAGGAGAAGAUGGACUCAGAAAAGGUCUGGCAGCUGCUGAUGACUGCUGACCGCAAAGACUAUGAGAAGAUAUGCAUGAAGUAUGGGAUUGUGGACUUCCGGGGGAUGCUGAGGAAACUGCAGCAGCUGAAGAAAGAGCAGGAGGACAAGAUGGCCCAGUACGUCACUACCAUCUCCCACCUGAGACACAUCAAGGUCAACAAGCAAGGAACCGCCAUGUUUUCCCUGGAGUUGGAACUCAAGGACCCGGAGAGCAAAAUUUACCUGUACAAGGACGGUGAGAUGAUCCCCUACGGCUUAGGCCCCGAGACCCGGCACUGCCUCCGAAGGCUGGGAAAACAUUACCACUUCCACAUCGAGGACCUGCGUCCCGAGGAUGCUGGCAUCUACCAGGUCAGGGUGGAAGACGUGGAAGUUUUCUCCACAGAGCUGGACGCUGAUGCUCUCCCCGCCAGCUUCAUGGUACCCCUAGCCCAGUGUCACUGCCAGAAGCAGGGCACAGCAGUGUUCCAGUGCACCCUCUCCCGCCCCUGCCUCCAGGCCACCUGGCAGUUCCAGCAUCGCCCGCUCCGGGAUGGCCCCAAGUACGAUGCAUCUGUGUCCCCAGACGGGUGCACUCACCGGCUCGUGGUGCACAAUGCCCAGCUCCAGGACCAGGGCCUCUAUGCGCUCAGCACCGGGCUCCACUCCUCAAGCGCCUGGCUCCAGGUGGAAGCCCAAUGCCCCGAAGCCAAGAAGGAUGGAGACCUCCUUUCCCCAGAACGAAAAAGGAAACCAAGGGUAGGAGGGGAUGAACCUGGACUGGACGCUGCAGGAGCUGGAUCUCUGAACUGGGAGGACUCUGAGAAACAUCGACAGGGAAAAGGAGUCUCUGUCCAGCGAGGAGAGUGGGCUGAGGGGAGCCCCCAGGACCGGGGCCAGGAGCUUGGUGGCUUCUCCAUGGGCCAGGAAGGAACUGUCCCCACUGCUGAGCUUGGGGCAUUUCUCAAAGCUGUGGGAGCUGGGGUGGAGGGAAUGGGGAGGCUUUCUGGAGCAGAGGGAAGCAGAGGUCCUUCAGCCCAGGGAGAACAGGGGGCCCCAUCUGGCUGGCCAGCUGCCUUGGGGGUGGGCAGCUCUGCAGCUGGGAAUGGACCUCAGCAAGGUCGGGGUGGAGAGAGCAGGAGGGGUGGACAUGAGGAUUUCCCAGGCUCCUGGAAGCAGGGCACUGCGAUGCUCUGGGAGCUAGGGCAGGGGAGCAGCCAGAACUCAUGUCUGGGAGUGAGGCAGAGUUUGAAGCUGGGGCAGAGGGCUCUGGGAAAAUUGGAUCUGGAGGUGAAUCAGGGCAUGAUGCUGGAUCAUGGAUUUCUGGGGAACUUAGACCUGGGUAAGGGCUCAAGGAGCCCAGGGAACAGGAGAAUGUCCCUGGGCAACAGCUGGGUGGGUGGUUGGGUCCAAGGAGCAGGUCCCUGGGGAAGCUCUGGAGACAAAGAAGAAUCGGAGUCAGCUAAUGGCUCUGAGGCAGGGACCUCACAGCCUGGGAGCUCAGAGGCACUGAGAGUGGUGAGUGGUGGGGACCAUUCUCAGACCUCUGGAGUCUUGGGUUCCCAAGAAGAAAAAGAAGCCUCUCUGGGAGGGAGAAGUGGGCCAGAGGGCACUGGAGACUUUAGGACCCUGAAUGGCCAAAGAUGUGGAGCCAAUUGGGCAAGGGACAGCAGGUCAGGACUUUCCGAAGAGCUGGAACCCCUGGGAAGAGGAGGCUCAAUUCUUGGACGCCGAAGCCCAGGUGAUCUAGAUGCCCUGGGAGGAUGGGAUCUCUCUCCAGGGAAAGACAGGUGUCCGGGAGAAGCCAGGUUCUCAGAGGAAGGGGACGCUGUCUGGGGCAGAGAUCCUGUCCAGAGUCUGGAGAAGUCUGCAGAUGGAUCCCUUCGGGGCAGGGAUUUGAGCUCCCUUGAUGGAGGAGUUUCUGGGCUAGAGAGCAAAGCUCACCAAAGACGAAUGGGGGCGAGAAGGAAACUGGGAUCUGUGGACAGUGAAGAUGGAAGCAGAAGCAGAGUUCCCCGGGCCCAAGAGGAUUUUGGGAUGAGAGCAAAUGAUGGGAAGUCUGAGUAUGGGCAAGGCAGAAAGUGUAUGAGUGGAGGCCAGACGGAGCCAUCCCAGGCCCCAGGAGAAGCACUUAGAGAGGAUUUGCCUCAGAGUGGGAGCCAAAGGAGAACAGAAGAGGUUCCAGGGAGAGAGAUGGCAGGAUUCCUGGCUGACUCUGAUGAUGAUGAAUGGAGCUGGGACCCCAGACGUGGACCCGGUACCUGCUGGGCCAGGACGGGGAGGUUUGCUCUCAGCAAUGAAAACUUGCCCAAGAGCCCAUCAUCCAGAAAGAAGCCAGGGAUGAACUGUCUCCUAAGCCUCGCUCAAGGACCAGCCUGUCGCUUCCUCCAAGGAUUGAUCGACGUGGAUGUACUAAAGGGGGAGGCUGCCAUGCUUUCUUGCACCCUGACCAGUGACCAAGUGGCUGGAGCUUGGUUUAAGGAUGGGCUCAAGCUUACCACCCGGGAUGGAGUCACCUUUGAGCAGGAGGGACCCACUCACCGGCUUCUCAUUGGUGAAGUGCAGACUUCCCAUGCUGGGAAUUACAGAUUCGAAGCUGGGAUCCAUGAGAGUGAGGCGGUGCUGACAGUCAGAGAACCACCAACGCUGGCCCAGGAUGUGCUGGAGAAGCUGAAGGAGCCAGUGGUGGUCAAAGCUGGGAAGAGUGUGCUGGUGAAAGUUCCCUUUGGUGGCCGCCCCCCAGUCCACUCAACCUGGAAUAAGGAUGGGGUGGAGUUCCUGGGCCAGGGAGAGGUCCAGGUGGACAACGGAGAUGGCUUCACCCGCCUGUACCUCCCCAUCGCCCACAGGAAGGACAGUGGGUGCUACAGCGUGAAGCUGAGGAAUGGGAGUGGCUCUGCUGAAGCUCAUUUCCAACUAGUGAUCAUAGACAAGCCCCAGGCCCCCCGGGGGCCACUGCAGGUGCUGGACUGCUCCUCAGGGGAGGGUGUGACCCUGGGAUGGAGGGCACCCGGGGACGACGGGGGCAGCGAACUGCAGCACUACGUGGUGGAGCGGCAGCAGGUUGGCCGGCAGACCUGGCUGCGGGUGGGCGAGACCCCCAGGUCCGUCACUACCUUCUCCAGCAGACCCAUGGAGCGGGGCAGGAAGUAUCGUUUCCGGGUGCGGGCAGUGACAUCGGUGGGAGCCGGUGAGGCGCUUGAGUCUGAGGAGGAGGUGAUGUUGGCACCCAGAGCCCUUCCCAGUGCCCCACCAGCCCCCACCAUCAUCCGUGCCACCAGCCAGGGCAUCACUUUCUCGUGGUCAGCACCGCGUGGCCCUGGGAGCGCUGGACUCCUGGGUUACCUGAUUGAGAAGCGGAAGAAAGGCAGCAACAGCUGGACAGCUGUGAGACCCCAUCCCAUCCCAGAGAGGACGUGGACAGCGACAGAUGUUCUGCCAGGAUGCCAGUAUGAAUUCCAUGUAACAGCUGUGAACGCCGCUGGUCGAGGGGAGCCUGGAACCCCAUCAGAGCCUGUCUUCGCUUGCAACCCCAUGAGGCCUCCUGGCCCAGUGCAGGAACUCAGAGUGACUGACACAUCCUACACCAGCAUCACUCUGUCCUGGGCCAGGCCAGAUGUCCAAGAUGGAAACCAUUGCCAGGGCUACUUGGUGGAGAUCCGGGCAGCAGAAAGUCUCCAAUGGAGCCCAUGCCACACUGGUCUUGUGACUUCCACCACCUUCACCGCCAGAAGCCUGCUGCCCAAGGAGACCUACUUCUUGAGGGUGAUGGCUCUCAAUGAUGGGGGGCAGAGUCAGCCUGCCACCCUGGAUUCCUGGGUCCAGGCCAUUUCCACAAUCAUCUGUCCCAGGUUCCACAUGGACACUAGCCCAAAAGGCUUCAUGACGGUCAGCUGCGGGAGCACAGUCCGGGUGCCCAUCUCCUUCGAGGCAGCGCCCACCCCAGAAGUGAUCUGGCGUAAGGACGGACUGCCGCUGCCUCAGAGAGCUGUGACCACCACCAGGGAGGGGCUGAGCCUGCUCCUGAUCCCGGCGGCUGGGGCCUCAGAUGAAGGCCUGUACACCAUCACCCUGAGGAACCCUCAGGGAAAGGAGGCCUCGUGGAGUAUCCUGGUCCGGGUGGCAGACCCACCGGCAGCCCCCGGCCCCAUCCGUCUGGAGCAGAUUGUCCCCGGCAUGGUGACAGUGGUGUGGGAGCCAUCCCCAGAUGAACAUCAGGAAGGGCAAUUCCACUACACGGUUCUGAGGCGCUCGUCGGCCUGGGCUUGCUGGCAGACAGUGAAAGACUGGGUCCAGACCAACAGGCUCACUCUGACCGACGUGGUCCCUGGCUGGGAUUACUACUUCCGGGUGGUAGCCAAGAACAUGGUGGGGGCCAGCAAACCCUCGGACACCAGCCAGCCCUGGACAGUCCCACGACAGCGAGACAAGUUCAAAGUGAAGCUGCCGGUCUACAGAGAGCUGAAUCACAGCCAGAAGCCUCGGUUCCUGGUGCCCCUGAGGGCUCACCUGCUGCCCCAGGGUUGUGAGUGCCGCAUGAGCUGUGCCGUGUGCGGGGAGCCCCGACCCCGGGUCAGCUGGUUCAAGGAUGACAAGAGCCUGGACAGCCACCCGGCGGCCUACUGGACUGACGUGCUGGGCGUCUGCUCCCUGGUUAUCCCCAGCGUCACCCCCGGAGAUGGCGGUGAAUACAGAGCCGUGGCUGAGAACCGGUUGGGCCAGGCAGUCAGCAGGGCCGUCCUCAUUGUGACAGACUCAAGCUUCUAGAGCCUCAGGGUCCAGGACAGCCUUGCCAGCUCCCCAGACCUGCAUGAACCAGCUUUUUCUCAGUGCCACCAGGCUCUCAGGAAGCCCCUUUCCAGCCCCUAUGGAGAGGAUCCCUCUGCACACACUAGGGAGGGCACCUGGGGGCUGAAAGGCCAGAGGGGAGAUGAUUGGCUGAGGUACUCUCCCUGGCAGUAGCCAGAAAGCUGGGCAGGGUCAGACCAAGAUACAGGAAAUCUGCAGAGCCCAGAAGGGCAAAGGGGAAAAGGAUCCCCCAAAACCUGUUCCCCAUGGCCACAGCCCAAUGCUUUUGGAAGUGAGGACAUUGGAUUUCUUUCUAUCCUCCUCACUGCACCUCUCCCCACCAAGCCUCCUCAUCCUGGCCCCCCGGACUUUGGUUUUACUCUUAGCCAUUUCAGUAGAAUAGAUGCAAGCUGGACCACAUGUUCCCCAAGAUACUAAACCCUAGGUUCCUUCUUCAGAGACAGAGGUCUCUCCUGCCAGAGAGUGCCCUCAGACAGGAGUGGCAGAGGAAGGAGGGGAGGACUGUCUGCUUGUUUUGUAGGGCUGGGGAAGUCUGGGAAGGAGACUAUGAUCAGCAUCAUAGGUUGCAUCGAAUACCUUGGAAGACUUCAGGGGAGGUCGGGAUGUGGUCAAUAAAAUAAACAGCCAUAUUUCCAUAAGCCCCCUGGGCCCUUUU